CUUGUGUCAAUUAUUAUGAAAAUAAUAAUAAUUAAUUAUUAUAAUAUUUUUCUGAUUUUUCGAUAGUCAGUCACUAUAAAUUAAAUAAUAUUAAUACAAUUUUUACGUCACGCCGAAUCGACUACUAAGUACUAAUUAGUCAAUUAAAAUAAUCAACAAUUUUCAUUUUCAAUCAUUAUUUGUCCAUGUCGCUGUGAUAAUUGUGAAUUGUGGGUUUUGGAAAAAUUGGUUCAGUGUUUCAAUAAUAUCUUAUGGAGGACAAAUUACCAUCCAAGGAAACUCAUGUUUGGACUUUAAGCGAUUUUAUUGAACGACGCAAAGAAUGGGAUCAAGGAGAUGAAGCACGGUUAGCGGAAUACCUUCAACAACUGUCCAAUAAAAUAACCCAAGGUGCUAAAAAUACACUUAAUGAAUUGGAAAAUGUAGUGGCUAGCAUAGAUGACACUGCAGUUAAAAUAGCAAACAUCAACAAUGAAUUUCAGUUAUUAGCAGAUAAACAAUUUAUAGAAAAUAAAGUUCAAGAUGAGGAUGAGACAGUGCAAACUAAAGUUGAAAAACCUGUGUUACGAGAAAUCAAUGCUGAUACAUUAGUAAAUAAUAUAAAAGAAGCACUUAAAAAUAGCUUUGAAGCUAUUGAUACUCACUUUGAGAAAAUUACUGUUGUAGUUAGUGAUUCUGAUGAUAAUGAUGAUGAACUUAGUCAUGAAGAAACUGUUUUGAGGCCAAGGAUAUUUUACAAAAAAUUAAAUCUUCCUUCUUUAAGUGGUAAUACAUUAUCUGAAAUUGUUGUAGAUAAUGCUAUGUUUUCAGAUUCAGAUUCUGAUGUUGAACAACCUACAAACACAUUUAAAGAUCAGGAAUCAUUAUUUAGUAAUGAUGUACCUGAAGAGGAUAACUAUUCUAUUAGUGAAUCAAAAAAUAUAUAUGAACCUAAUCCUGAAUCAAUAGAUACCAAUAAUAUUGUUUUUGAACCAGAAAAACCUAAACCUAAAAAUAUUCCCACAUAUGCAGAUUAUGAUGAAGAUGAUUUAUUUAGUCCACCACCUUUAAUUAAUGAUGAUGACGAUGACAAUUUAGAGAACGAAUAUAAUAUAUUUGGUAAUGGUAAUAAUAAUAUGUUUGGUGAAAAAAACUUGUGGGAUGAUAUUGAUGAUGAUGACAAUGAUUUUUCAAAUGAACCACCUUUACCGAUAUACUCAGACAAACCCCCUCUGCAAGAACUUAAAUCUGAUACUCAAGUAAAGGUUGAAGUACCAAAUAUACAACAAACACUAAAUGAUGAAUUGCGAAAAAGAUUCCAAAAAGAUAGUACGUCUCUUUCAUCAGAUAAUUUAAAUGUCACAUCGUCCAAAAUAAAAUUACCCAAAGGAGCUGUUAAUAUUCUUGGUGGAACUGAUAUAAAACCAUACAUUUCUAAUCCGGCUUUAAACAUAAGACCAUCAACAACAUCUGAAAUAAAUAAAAAAAUUGCUGUAACAACACAGAAUGAUACUAUUGAAGAUGUUAAAAAAGAUUUUAAUAUUUCAAAUAAAGUUAUAGACAAUUCCAAUCCAAAUUCAGUUAAUGUGGGAUAUAAAGAUUUAAUAAAAGAAACUAAACCAAUAAAAAAACGAUCACUCUUUGAUCAAGAAUCAGAUGAUGACGAUUUGUUUACCAAAACCACAGUAACAGUUGCUCCUACUUUAAAACCAGAAAUGUUGGAAUCUAAAGCAAGUUUGACUAAAGAUAAAAUUUCAUCAAGAAAUAUAUUUUCAGAAUCAGAUUCAGAUGAAGAAUUUAUGGAUUCAAAACUGAAAACAAAAGAAUUAGUUUUUCAUUCUACUAUUGAUAAUAAUUCUACAACACUUUUAGACUCCUCAUCUGAUGAUGAUUUAUUUAGUAAUAAAUCUAUUAAUAAUAUAAUACCAAAACAAAUAAGUUCUUCUCCAACGCAUGUUGAAGUUGUAAAUAAAUCAAAUAAAACAAAACAUAUAUCAAAACCAUCCAUAGAAGAAAAUAAAGUUAAAGAUGCAUUAAAUAAAGUAAUUAUUGAUGAAUUAAAAAAACAUACAGUAAAUUUGAAUGUGGUUGAUAAUAAAGUUAUAGAAAAAGAAUUAUUACCAAAUAAUAAUACUUCAAAUAGUAAUAUUAUAGAAUCUCCAAACAAUGAUAAAAUAAUACAAAGAAAUCAAAAGCCUUCAAAUUCACAACAGACUAAAAAGUUAAGUAAUUUUUUUUCAUCGGAUGAAGACGAUUUUGAUGAUGAGACAUUGCUUAAUGUUAAUAAACCAAAUAAAAAUAGUAUUAAAAAAGAUCAAUCAAUUUCUAAUGCAAGUGAAUUUAGUCAAAAUACAAAUCGUGAGGUUCAUGAAUCAAAAAUAAAAUUAUUUGAUUCUUCUUCUGAUGAUGAUCUAUUUAUUACUAAACCAAGUGAUAGUCUUACAUCUUCAACAAUCAAAAAACAACCUAGUUUUAAUGAAAUUGAAAAUAUAGGUAUUUCAAAAGAGAUUGAUGAUUGUGCCAUACUGAAUAAAAUACCAAAAAUUGAUAAGAUAAAUCAAAUGGAAAAUGAAAUAGAUAAAAAAAAUAUAAAAAAUUGUAAUCUAUUGUCUGAUGAUGAUGAAGAUGAAAAUUAUUUGUCUUUUGAUAAAAACAUUUCUGAUAUUAUUGCAUCUAAUAAUCAAAAUAUAAACGAGAAAAUAUCAACUAUAAGUUUGUCAUCUGAAGAAUUUUUUAGCCCCCAAAGGGAUCAAAACAAUCAAGAUAUGUUUCAGAAUACACCUGAUAGUUUAAAAGAAAGUAAGAAUUAUGAUUUAUUUAGUCAAAAAGAGAUUCUUAUGCCUAAAAAUGAAAUAAUGUCUAAUGAAAAUACAAUCCAGAAUAAUAAAAAUUCUAUAAUAUCAAGUAGUGAAGAUGAAACAAAAUUGAUGUUUAGUUCACAAAUUAAAAAUGAGAAUUCUAAUAUAGAAACUAAGUUGAUUUCUCCAACAUCAAAUCUAUCACCUGAAAAUUUACUAAAUAAUAAGAAUCAAGUAUCAUUGAAAGAAAAAGAUAUAAAUACAUCCAAUAUGAUAACAGAAUCGAUUUCUUCAGAAAACACAAAACAGGGUAUCGAAAAUUCUAAACUUUCAAAUAGUGAUGGACAACAAUUUUCUUUCAAUUCAAGUACUCAAAAUGUGAAUACUAUUCAGGAAAUUGACGUAAUUUGUCCCACAUCAGAAUUGUCCUUUAAGGAUUCUAUUGAUGGACCUUUUUUCAGUUCACCAAAUUCAAAGAAUGAAACUAUAAAAAAACUUCCAGGAAAAUUAAAUAAAAAUGCUGGUGCUUUUAUAAAUAUUGCUAGUUUACUUCCCAAUUCUAAAAGCCCAUUGAAAAUAUCGGAUAUUCCUCGAUCGGUUUCAUUAGAUGAAAAAAAUGAUACUUUACCAACUGAUGGAACAAAGCUUUUUAGUGCUGAAAAAGAAAGAGCCAGAAUUCAAGUAAAAAGACGUCCACAAAGUCGAAAAGCUAGAAUAGCUGCUGCUCGAAUGUCAUCUAUAGAUAUUGGUUCCGAAACAAAUUUUGAAGAAUCAUCUCGCCUAUUUGUUUCAACGUCAGAUUUAGUUGACUAUCAAUCUAGUCCAAUACUAAAUAACGAUAUUACAGUUUCAGAUUCUUCAAAUGAAGUUAAAAAUAAAAUCCAAGCAUCAAUUAAUGAUAAAUUACUUGCAGCAAAUAAUAAUAAAACUGAUGUAAUUAGUGAUAAAUUGGAAUCAAAAAAUGAGCUUAUAAAACAUUUAUUUGAUGACGAUUCAGAUUCAUCUGAGUCAAUUCAACAAGAGUUUGAUAAAAAAGAUAAUGAUAACAAAAAAAUAAUAUUAGGUGAAAAACUAUUAGAAUCUAAUAAAUCAGUGCAAGAACAACUCCCUGUAAUUGAAUCAGUUCAUAAAAAACUUCAACAGAAUGAACCAGUAAAAGAAAAACAACUAGAAACUAAACCAUUAAAAGGAAAACAACCAAAAAUUGAAUUGAUUAAUGAUGAAAUUUCAGAAAUUGAUCCAAUAUUUGAAACACAAGUUAAAGCAUACAGUGUGAAAGAAUUAGAAGAAAAUAAAUCUAAGAUUUCAAAUACCUCGUUACCUCAUAAAUCCAAUUCUUUAUUUGAUGAUGAUGACGACGAUGAUGAUUUAUUCUCUCGAAAAUCUGGUAAAACAAAUAAACUGUCAUCAAAUUUAUUUGAUAGUGAUGAUGAAUUUGAAUUUAACAAAAAAUUUACAAAAAAGAACUCUGAUAAAACCAAGUCAAUAUUUGGUGAUGAUAGUGAUGAUGAUCUAUUUAAUACUCCCAACAAACCUUCAGGAAGUAAUUUAACCUCUCAAAAACCAAUUAAUAAAUUAAAUCAGCAACAAAAUCGAUCUAGUAGUGAUGGAUAUGUAAAACUUGCUGCCGAAAGUGUUGCUGUUAAUCCAUUAGAAUCUAAGAAAUAAAAUAAUUGAAUAUUAUAAUGUUAUUUUUAUUUUAUAUUUUAAUAUUUUAUGCGUCCACAAUUUUUAUAUUGGAAUUUAUGUGAUAUUAUGUGUAAAGAAGUUUGAGAAAUUUUGAACCUUUGGAACAAAAAAAAAAUUAAUAUAAAAUUUUAUUAUUUAAUAAUAAGCAUUAUACAUUUAUAAACAAUCUGAUUGGAGCAUUAUUUGUUUUGCUCUCUCGCUAUCAUUAUUAUUAUGUUUUAAUUUGAUUUGCCAUUAUUAUAUUAUUACCUUUAUAUAGUGUUAUAUAUUAUUACACUAUUAUUAUUAUUAUUAUUAUAUUUUGGGUUGUUAGUUGUUAUGUUAUAAUUUUGUUAUACAUUAUUUGUUUCAAAUAAUAAAAGUUUUCAUAUCAUGGAGUAAAA